UGAGAGAACAACAUUGGUAGCAAAUUCGUAUAAAUAGGGUACGAAUCGUUCCAAAUUCAUCACACUCCCCUUCUUGUUCUUUGCAUCAGCAGUCCUUUUCCUCGAAACAACAUGAAGUUCUCGGCAUCAGCAGCUUUGAUCUUACUUGCUUGCGUGGUCUAUGUUUCCGCUUACGGGACCCAUCGACCAACGACUCAUCGUCCAACUCAUUACCCAACACGUCCAACUUACCGCCCAACUUACCGCCCCACUCACCGCCCUACCCAUCGCCCCACUUACCGCCCCACCCAUCGCCCCAUCUAUCGCCCAAUGAAGAAACUCGGCAACUCCAAUGUCAACAUCAACGACAACAAAAACAGCAAUGUUGACAUCGCUUCGCUUUUAUCCGAACUGUUCGGCCAGGAGGAGGAAUUUCCUUGCACUAUCGGUGAUCUCUGUUACGAGAAAAAGAAUUUGAUCAAGUCCGGCGCUGCUGCCGUCGACGCUAAAAAGACAGUGGAACCAACUGAAAAGGCCGUGGAAAAAAGCGUUGCUCCUGCCGCUCCUGCUGCCGCCCCUGCUGUCGCCCCUGCCGCUCCUGCUGCCGAUGUCAACUUUGAUCAGUUCACAAACUUCGCAGAUUUCCAAAACGAUGACGUUAUAUUUGCGGUUCCUUCUGAAAUGGAUGAGGGUGACGAUGACUUUUUUGCUUAACUUUCUUUUGGAAGUGAUCGGAAUUCUUUUGCGGACAACUGAAAACUUAAUUUUUUCAAUAUUUGGUAAUUUCGGCAAUAUUCUAAUUCUUAAACUGUUACCCAACUGAUUUUUUCAUGUCAAUCCUACAACCUUUUUGUGGGAACGAUUUGUUAUUACAGUUACUUAACUCAAGAAAAAGAAUACACAAAAAUUAUGAAACUA